CCACGGGUAAGGAAACGGAGCCAACGGAGAUGGGAUGGCGUCUUUGGAAGGGGGACGGGAGGGGGGAGUCGGCGCUUCUUUUAUUUUGACUCUAGUAGAAUGGAUCUUUGCCUUUCAUUGAAAUAGCCUGGCAUGUCCUUCCAGAAGCAGAGUCCUUCGAUAUUUGGUCCAUCAUCUUUCUAGUCUUUACAACCUGAAUCUUCAACUACAUCACUAUAUAUACCAAGGUCUACCUUGUCAACACCAACUCAUACAUCUAUACGACAAACUCUAUAUACUAUCGGCACAAGACCAGCAGCAUGCAUACUUCCAAGUUGCUCACAAAUCAGCCAAACAAGGCCAUCUACAUCGAUAGCAUUGCCAGCCUCUCCAACCCUCUCUCCUCCAUGUCCUCCAUGUUCUCUCUUGUCUCCCUCUUAACCAUGACCUAUCGCGUCCGAACACCACUGCCCUCGAACCAAGAACGCCUUCUUACUCUCUUGAACACCAUGUCACCAGCCUUGAGAACAGAGACAGAGUCCCGAUACUCUCGUGAGGAGAUUCUCAACUCCUUUGUCCACUUUCUCAGCCCCGUCCUCAACGGCAUGGCAGGCAUGCUUGAGCUUCUCACAAACGUCGAUGCCUUCUCACGCCCAGAAGAUUUCCGCCAGUUCUGGAGCCUUGAGAAAAGCAAUUUGAUCAGAGACUUUGUGGAGAGUGGGGGACCGUUGCGGGGGAUGCAGGGCUACGACGUCCCCUUUCUCGAGACCUUUGUGAAAGACCCCUCUUGCAGGAUUGCUCUUGGUAACAAUAACGGUAUGCUUUUGUUAGUCCCAGGAGACGCCGAGGUCGGCGACGAUGUUUGGUGGAACGAAGAUGAGCAGCGUCUCACCGUCUCUAGAAAAGGCGCUGAAAAUCUCAACACCAACGCUGAAGCCUAUCUUGACAAUGGCUCCAGGAUAACCGCUAUGGCUAUUCCUUCUGCCACUUAAGGAUAGGCAAUUUCGCACCCCAUGACGACUUGACGAUACAUUUUGACUCUACUGAUACGUACUUUUGGAUUUUUGAGGGAUGAGAUUUGAUAUCCAAAUACUAUGGCGGCGCAUGAGCGAUGGUAAACCUACCCAAGUGAAAAUAGAGGUAGCAUAGAGCAGAUCCAUUGAGUUUAUCUUUGAUAUGACAGUUGGAAAUUUAUCAAACUUUUAUCAUAAA